UAUAUUUAUUAUUAUUAUUAUUAUUAUUAUUAUUAUUAUUAUUAUUAGCGUUUACUCACUCCACUAUACUAUCCCUACCAAAUGGUCCAAAUCCAUCAUUAUUAUUCAUCAAUAAACGCUUCAGAUUUUGUCCCAAUUAUUAGCGAUCCUGUUUCCUACAACAUGCUUCCUAAUAAAUUACUUGGUUUCUGAUUGUGAUUUGAUGUGUUGACUUGUUGUUGUUGUUCAUCGGAUUACUGUAGAUCUGAUUACUGUUUCUGCUAUACAGGAUGCAGAUUUGUUACUGUAGAUCAGUGUUGUUCAUCGAUUAUCGGAUUAUCGGUUACGGAACUGUGAAUUGUUGUUAAUCCAGUACAGUUUGUUAUACAUGAUGCAGAUUUCUUAGCGUUUCGAAGUUGAUUAUCGGAUUAUCGGUUACGGAAUUGUGAAUUGUUGUUAAUUGAUGCGGAUUUGUUAGUGUUUCGGACUCGAUUAUUGGAUAAUCGGUGUUACGGAAUUGUGAAUUGUUGUUAGUUGAGUAUAGUUAGGGUUUUGAUGGAGGGAAGAGUGAGGAAGUAUGGGCAGCAGCAUCAGCGGUUAAGUCCGGAUCGAGCUAAAGUGUGGAAGGAGAGGUCACCGAGGUACCGGCAACGCGAGCCGGAAGCGGUGCAGGAGACGGAAGGGGAGCAGAAGAGCCGGAAGGUGCCGGUGGUUUAUUAUUUAUGUAGAAAUCGACAGCUUGAACAUCCGCAUUUCAUUGAGGUUUCGCUCGCUUCUCCAGAAGGUCUUUUUCUGAGAGAUGUGAUUGAAAAGCUUAAUGCGCUUAGGGGAAGGGGGAUGGCUUCGAUGUAUUCGUGGUCUUGCAAGAGGAGCUAUAAAAACGGGUUCGUUUGGCAUGAUCUUUGUGAAGAUGACCUGAUUCUUCCUGCUAACGGAAACGAAUACGUUCUUAAAGGGUCCGAGCUUGUUGAAGAAUCUAAUUCAGGUCGUUUCGCGCCUGCUGUAAAACUACCGAACCUAAAACAACUACCCGAACCACCGUCUGCAAGAAGUCAAGAUGACUCAUCAUCAUCAACAAGCAUGAGUGGAAGAGAUACUAAAAACUCUCAAGACGAUGAGCUGUCACCUCCGGUUCGGCUUUCUAGUUCAUCUGGCGUAUCCCCGGAGUCUAGAAAUGGAAAGAGUACGCCGUCAAACGGUUGUCUUAGCUUAACAGAGUACAAAAUCUACAAAACCGACGGUCUUGCUGAUGCAUCCACACAAACCGAAGAAAAUAUAAAAGCUAAUAAAGCUAAAGAAACUUGCACACGUGGCGUUUCAACCGAUGACAUGGUAGUUCUAGACUCUGUCAGCCCGUGCGUUAAAGAUAAUUCCGAAAUUCAAAUAGAUCCGUCCCCGCCGUCUUCAUCGAGUACGUGUUCGUCUGUGGGAAAAACCGAGACGUUGGAGUCGUUAAUCAAAGCGGAUGCUAGCAAGUAUUGUAAUUCUAGAAGAGUGGAAGAAAGUCAAAUGCCGGUCAACUCGAAGCUUCGAGCUACAGAUAUGUUGAUGCAACUGAUUUCCUGUGGGUCAAUAUCGGUCAAAGAUCAUAGCUUUGGAUUAAUUCCGUCUUAUAAACCGAGAUUCUCGGAUUCGAAAUUUCCGUCACCUUUGUUUUCGACAUCUGUUAUGUUGAGUGAGCUUGAUUGCUUACCGGAUAAUCCGAGAUUUAUGAGCAUGAGAUUAGAAGACAAGGAAUACUUUAGUGGGAGUUUAGUGGAGACGAAAUUACUUAAGGAAGAAGGCGUUGCAACUAUAAAAAGAUCAAACUCCUUCAAUGCCGACAGGACGAAUAAUGGUGAUUCGGUUUUAGAUAAAGAGGAAACCACAACACGUACAAAAUGCAUACCAAAAUCACUCAAACCGUCAUUCGGUAAACACUCGAAACAUGAGUCAAUGAGAUCCCCUGUUUCUGAGGGCCCACGGAUCUCAUCUGAAGCGGGCCCCAGUUCACGGAUUGUAUCCCCUUGCCCUUCUAAUGGCAGUAGCAAAAGGAUAACCGACCCAUCUUCUUCCAAGAAACAAUCGGGCCGAUUGGAAUCGUUCAGAGAAGAGAAAGAAAACAUGAUCAAAAUCGAAGAAAGUUAAGGCUUGCUUCAGGAGCUCGGGUUAUAAUCCACUCGGAAGCGUCUCAUGAUAACGACGGUAACUUGUAGGUGUUUGUUAAUUCAAGUUUGGUUAGGGAAUUAUAAUCUGUCGGUGGGCAUUUUAGUAAAUUCAGCCUGUGAAUUUGAAAUAGAAGAGAAUCACAAUAUUUAAGAAAAAAGGUGCCUUUUGAUUUUUGGUCUGCCUUUUCAUAUCUGCUUUUUUUGGCUUUACAACUCUAAAUGCAAUCCUCAGAUUCUGCUUUCUUUA